AUGGGUGUCUACUCAGACAUUGAUGUGUACACCAGAGACAGGGAGGCCUUCCUUGGCCACCCUUAUGCCUUCCGGCUGUUUUCGGCAGUGGUGACCAAUCUGCUGAUCUUCAAGAUGAAUGCGGCGUACCAGCGGUACUGGGAGGCUGCCGGAGCCAUGCAAUCCAUGGCCACCAAAUGGCUGGACGGUGCGUGCAUGGCGGUCACCUUCGAUGCGGCAGGUGAUUCCGACAAUCCCUACCUGAGCGGCAGUGAGUGGCAGAGGAGCUCCGCACCUGAUCCCAGCAGUAGCAAGGGCGGCCCCGAUCACACCGAGUAUGUCGGGGAUGUCCUGCAUCUCUGCAGCCUGCUCCAUGCGGUGACGCUUCUUCACCUAAGAAGAGAUUCGAAUCUGGACAACCUGGUGCCCUCCAAGCUGGGGCCAAGGCACACCAUCAUGCCAAGCAGCCCGUCUUUCUGGUCCGAGAGGUCCAUGUUCUCUCCGGAACACAUUUCGGACCUCUACAAGAUUCAGAAGAUCCCUGUCUUGGGCGGCUUGCGGCCGGAGGAAAAGGCGGUGCUCCUGAGCGACGGCAAAGGUCAGUCACUUCCGACCUUUGCACGAGCUGCCAUGGUGGAGGGGUGGUUCAUGCGGCGGCUGAUCGGCCGGCAGAAGUUCGAGCAAGGUGAGACUUCCAAGACUUCGCCCCCGAUCCUGAGCCGACUGUACCAGGUGAUCUCAGAUGGUACACUGUGGUCGUCCACAGCUGCAAAGAGCUCGGAGAUUCCUUUCCCCUUCCCCUACCAGAACUUCGUGGAGGUGAUGGUCUGGCUCUUUACGUUCCUAGCGCCCAUCGUCAUCAAUGGAAUCAUCUUCGAGCAGCUGCUGAGGACCGUCGCCAGCUUCACGGUGGUCUUGUGCUUCCACACGCUUAAGAACACCAGCGACGUCAUGGAGGGCGGCGGUAUAGAGUUGACGAUCAAUGAUCCGUACCUUCCUUAUGAUCCAAACGAUCUUCCGCUGGUUUCAUGGCAGCGCUCCGUGAACGCCCGGCUUUUGUCCUUCGGGCAA